AUGGCUGAUCAAGAGAGUAGGAUUCGGAACUCAUUUCCUCCUCUUUGGAAAGAGGUUGCCGGGGUCUGCAAUACUGCAUUUCAAAAGUUCAAAAAGCGUCCGUCCCAAAACCUAUGCAAGGACUACAACAAACUCAUUAGCCAGAUAUGUGAAGCACAUGGGCUGGUCUACAACUUGACUGCGUACCAGUGCUCAAACUAUCCUGCCCUUGUUCGAGGCAGCAACUCUACACCUGUUGUUGGUGAAACAGUGGAAAGCACCCAAGUACUUGUUGUUUACUACCUUCUGCGUGAGUUGCUGAAAAAGCAAGUCAACAACGUAAAGUCGACGAUACAGAAAGAUUCCAUCUUGUCAUACUUGGACGCAUAUGAAAAGUACACAGCAGGAGGGAAUGUCGUGAAGUCGAUUUUCACGUACCUUCACUGGACCUGGCAAAAGAGAGGCCUGCCAGCUGAGCACAUUAUUCAGCCUACGGAAAUUGUUGUCGGUCACUUGUGGAUGGAUGUUAUUCUGACUUCCGAGUUAAAGGAGUCAUUCAGAGCGAAGGUGAACGAAAUUGUCUGCCGUGUCCGAUCAGGCGGCCCGACCAGCGUAGGCGAAAUGGAGAGCGUCAAGCGCUUUUCGCUCAAUCUUGGAUGCUCUACUGACGUCCGACUGACCCUGUAUUCCUCAGUGGUCGAAGAAACGUAUCUGAAAAGUCUUGCGUCCUUCUAUUGCGCAAAAAGAUCGGGGUUCAAAGCGCUUGGUGUUGUUGAGUACAUCAAUCAGUGCGUCAAGGCCGUGAGAAAAGAGGACGUAUUAGCACGCUGCUUCCUGAUUCGAUCUUCGUACGACCAAGUGAGCGAAUCUGUUUUGCGAAUUCUCAUUCACGAGGAGAAAAACUAUCUUUUGCCUUUCUGCAAAAAGUGCAUUGAUCCAUCUGAUGGUAACGAUCCGUUGUCGUGCAAGAAAUCAUUGUCGGCUCUCUAUGAUUUACUCGGCGGUGGCGCAGAGGAGUCGUGGAUGGAGGAUUUGCUGACAGAAACGGUUUCCGAGUACGCUGAUCGGGAGCUCAAGAAGACAAGUGAUUCAUCUGAGGCAUCGUCCAUUUUGCGAAUUUUGAAGAAGGCUCAGCAAACAUUUGAGAUGACGAUUUCCGGUAUUUUUGGUCACCAACCACGUCUCAUUCGGGCUGUUUACGACGGAAUUCAGGCCAAUUUAGCAGCACUCGAAAGGCCAGGUACUACUGAGGACAAUGCAGCGAAAAUUGCGAAGCGUCUCGCCAAAUACGCAGCUGACGAAAUCAAGACCAUGCCCAUUGAUGAACUGCGUCGAACGAAUAACUGGAUCGCCGUUAUUUACCGUCUGUGCUCAAGAAAGGAUGUAUUUCACCUGUCUUACACUCGCUUUUUGCAAGAGCGUCUCUUGACAAAUAUUUUUGGCACUGGAAAGCAAAGCGAAAUCGCGGUGCGUGAGGAGAGUAUGCUGUCGAGUCUUCUCAUCAAGGACAAGAACUUUGGUUUCAUUUUCAAUUGCAUGCGCAUGCUUAACGACGCCCGCCGAAACGACUCGGAAAGAGCAGAACGAGUGCAGCAGCUGCUGGUGAAGCCAUACAUAUUAACGGCGUUCGCGUGGGGAGAGUCGCGUCGCUCUCCGGAUAUGGACCGCACUUCUGUUCCCCUUGAAUUGCAGUCUGUCAUUUCUCACGACAUCUACGCUUACUCUGCACUGCAAAAUGGGCGCAAGCUGCUUUUUUCACUGGAGCACUCUGGUGCUCGUGUGAGAAUGAGCGUUUCAAACAAGGCCGCAUCGUUUUUGCUCCUGGUUUCACUCCUGCAGAUGCGUUACCUGCUCGUAAUGAACAAAAUGAAAGAGUGGUCCGCUGACGAGCUGUGCUCUCAAACCCGCACAAGUCUCGUGGAAUGCAAGCGAGCGUUGAUGCCUUUUGUACAAACUGGGUUGCUGCAGGAAACAGCACAACAUGUGUUCGAUCUGGAUCCAAACAUUUUUGCUCUACAGAGUGGUGAGGAGAAAAUGUACGACCUCCGCUACAUAGAGCUGGGGUCUCAGCAGAGUAAUCCAGAGAAGAACAGCAUUUUUCUGCGCGGAGAAAAAUCUCAUGUUUUAUCGAUUGAAGGCGCUGUGAUGCGGCUACUGAAAGAACUAGGCCCACUCUCACUGGAUGUCAUAAUUGGUAAAGUUUCUGCUUCAUUGGGUAAGCUAUCGGUGCAGCGAAGGGACAUUAAGAAGGUACUUGAGAAACUUGUUGAGCGUGAAUACGUGGAGCGUAGCGAGGACAAUUGUUUUUCAUUUAUCCCUUAA